AAAUGCCCUCUGUUCCCGGUUUCUGGUUUGAAAUUUGAACCUUUGGACUUUGUACAGUAUGUCAUGUGGAUGUGGAUCAGUUGUGAUGUCCCGGCGCUUGAGAGAGGCGGUUCCAGAAGGUGGAAGCGGGGGCGAGAUUUGCGGAUGGGGGACGGGAAGCGAAAGGGGGGCAGAAUUGGGGGCAAAGGGGAAGGGGGAGUGUUGCUGCUCCCUUUUUUCCUCCCCUCCUAAGGAAGGGAGCUGUCCCCCAUUGCUUCAUUACUAUGGCAUACUUCUGGCAAGUUGUGAUAUCCUCCUCCCCUUUGGCUUGCAACAUAGGUUGAUUGAGUGAUGGGCAGCAGAUCUGCUGCUUCUAGUCCUUUGGGAUACUAGAGUACUUUGUUCUGAAUAUCGCGUGUACAUAUCUGUCGUGAUGCAUUUCUGAAAUCCUGUGUCAUGUGCUCAUAAUUCGUCUACAGUUCAGCUUAGGUAGCGUGCUAAUGCUUAUAGUCAAUUGCAGAUUGUGCUAUUGUCUGCACAAGUGAGAUAGUUCUGCUUUGCCUCACGAGUUAUUCAGUACUAUUGUCCGCACAAGUCUAAGCCCUAGGUAGCAUGCUUACACUCGACGGCAGAGAGUGAUGUUCUCUAGACAAGUCAGAUAGUGCUAUUGUCUCACAAGUGGUGCUAUUGUAACCGAUAUAUUGCUAUUGUCUGCAGAAGUCAGGUACAGAAAAGAAAUGCACGUGUUUGUGUGUGUGUGUGUGUGUGUGUGUGUGUGUGUGUGUGUGUGUGUGUGUGUGUGUGUGUGUGUGUGUGUCACGUAGUUCCUGAUGCAACCAGCUUCUCUACACUAAGUCUAGACCUAUUGACUAUGAUGGGAAAGGUUGCCAUUGUGCAGUGUGUGUGUGUUGUGUGUGUGCUGUCUCUUAUACACAUCUAGAUGUGUAUAAGAGACAGCUUCAAAUACGUACGGUCGUUAGGACCUUAUGU